AUGUCAGUUGAAUCAGAAGGCACUUUACUUACUCCAUCUACAACUAUAACAGAUCCGGGAUCUCCAAAAGUGAAAAAAGUUAGUGAAUUUAAUGAUGGUAGAAAAACUCCAAAUUAUAGCAUGUAUCAAAGUACUGCUGAUUGGUUUAAACAGAGUUUCUCAUCAUGUUAUCAAGAUGAAAUGGUUGAAAGUAGAUUAUUAUCAUAUUUACCAUUCUUCCCUGAAUCAGAUGGUAAAAGAAAAGCCCGUAUUAUAAAUACAGAUAUUGGAAAUGGGAAAUAUAUUCAUGAAUUAUUGAUUGAAAAUAUAGAAACCGAUAAACCUGGAUUAUCAGGUACUAAAGAAAUUGUAUUAGUUCAUGGAUAUGCUGCUUCAUUAGGUUUAUUUAUUGAUAAUUUUGAUUCAUUAUCACAAAUUCCAGGCGUUAAAAUACACGCUAUUGAUUUAUUAGGAUUUGGAUUAAGUUCAAGACCCAAAUUCCCUAAUUUCCCAUCAAAGACAAAACAAGAUGUUUAUAAAGUCGAGGAUUGGUUUAUUGAUUCAUUUGAACAAUGGAGAUUAAAAAGAAAUAUUGGCAAAUUCAUAUUAAUGGGACAUUCAUUUGGUGGUUAUUUAAGUUGUGCAUAUGCGUUAAAAUAUAACAAGAAUAUCAUUGAAAAUGGUGUAUCUCUGAAUCUUAUAGAAAAAAUGGUACUUAUGAGUCCUGUUGGUGUUGAAAGAAGUGAAGCUGCUUUUAAACAUCCUAAAGAAGAUACAAAACUUCAAAGACAAGUUACCAUUGAACAAGAAGUUUUAGCAGAUCAAGAAGAAAUAGUCACCGGUCAAGCUGAAACUCCAUCACAAUCUGGUCCAGAAGUUCCAAAAACUAAAACAAGAAAAUUGAUUGAUUAUAUGUGGGAAAGAAAUCAUUCUCCAUUUACAAUAAUUAGAAAUGCUGGUCCUUUUAAAUCAAAAUUAAUUUCUCGUUGGACUUGUCAUCGUUUUAGUCAUGUUUAUUAUCAAAAUCCUGAACAUUUUAAUAAUAUUCAUAAUUAUAUUUAUAGAAUUUUCAACGGUGCAGGUUCAGGUGAAUAUGCUAUAACUAGAAUUCUUGCCGUUGGUGCUCUUGCUAAACUUCCUUUACUUGAUAGAUGUCCUGAAAAAUUCGUACAAUUGAAAUUACCUACUUUAUGGCUUUAUGGUGAUAAAGAUUGGAUGAAUGAUGAAGCUGGUUUGGAAAUGACAAAUACUAUCAAUGAUUUAUCUAAAACUACUUAUUCUGAAAAACUCGCCAAUUUUAAAAUAAUUUCAAAUGCUGGUCAUCAUCUUUAUCUUGAUAAUCCUCCGGAAUUUGCUAAAGUUAUUUACAAGUUUUUAGGCUAUACUAAAAAGAUAUAG